AUGGAGUCUGCCAGGUUCUUUCAAUCUGGCGCCUUUAUUGCCCAGUCACAAGUCGACCACGUCACUGAUCCAGUAAUACAACCACCCAAGUACGAGAGCUUGUGGCCAGGCAGCGGCGAUGAGCCGUCUGAUGUCGCGACUGACUACGGAAUCCCUACGUACGCACCGCAAAACGACAUCAGUUCCAUCUUGCAUGACUACCAACAGGCAAUCGAUUACCGCCGUUUCAGUCAUGAGGUGGAUGAUGUCGCCAGUCAAUAUCUCACCUUGCCCUGGAGAGACAUACGUAGCAGGCACAUUCGGGUCCUUGGGCAAUCUCUCGGGACAGUGGUCUUCAAAAGAUCUUCAGGACACUCCGUACGACAUGAUCUCGAAGCGCCUGUGGCCAAAAGCAGCGCGUGUCCCAUCGCGUUUGCGAACCAUGUGCGUGAGCUCCUGGAUAUUGGACCAGAUCCUUGCACGAAGGACAGAGAGCGCAUUGCACGCUACACCGUCCAGCUCGCCUCGACCACGCUAUUCCCUUCACAAGCAGCCUUGGAUAUCCGCCUCGAUUGCGAUCGUUGGAAGCGAGAUAUCGAGAGAUUUCGGGGUCGUUGGCUGGAUCAGCCUAGAGAAGAGAUGUUAAAGUCUGGCAGAAGUCUUGAGAAGUUUCUGGCGAUCUGGCUAGAAAGUCUGGCGACUGAAAAACACUGGAUCGCUGUUCGCGGAGCAGUAGGGAACGUUCUUCAGUGGAGAAAGGCCGGUCACACGGUCACAAUAAGCGACGCCGCCUUUCCAAACAUCGUCGGAACUCUGGUCAAUAGUUACAUGCAGUCCUCGUUCUCUCACCUAUCGAUCUAUCGUACCGACGCUCAAACCAGUCGACAUGCCGGUCAGCUCUUCAUAGAGUACCUCGAUACCCUCCGGUCAUUCAUGUUACUUUGGAUGGACACUCUUGCUGAGGAAGACGCUCUGGCUAGAAGCCGCAAGAUAUUUUUUCGACUUGAUCCCUGCGCGAGAGCAAUAUAUCUAUACGCCAUGCUUUACAUAGCUUUUGAAGAGGAAUGGGGCGUAAAGACGCAUCUUGAACUUUUCGACAACUGCCUGUCUACGUUCACUCGAGUCGAAGGGGCUUUGAACGCCAUUGCUUUGAUUACGCUCAAGCACGCUGAAUUGGCCUGUUUGAGACAUCUCUACAUAGCAAUCUGUCAGCUUGGGCGAAUUAAGGAUUCUUCCAAGUGGAUGGCUGCCUGGGACGAUGUUCUGGCACUUGUGCGGCAUGAAGAGCGGGAUGUGUUCUCCCGUGACAGUACCUGGUAG